GUUGAGGUUUGUCAUAUGACUUUAAUUUCCUCCUGAUCCCUGGUCGUUCUGUGCUGUUAUUUCCAGUUUCCAUCCACUGUUUAGUUUAAUUUAACGAUACACCAUGCGUCACUACGCCUUCUUGGCUUUAUUCCUGCUUCUGGGGAGCGAAACUGUGUGCGCAAAUGUCACCACGGUCCCAACCGCAGCUCCAACCACCGUCACCACAGUCCCAACUCCAGCUCCAACCACCGUCACCACAGUCCCAACCGCAGCUCCAACCACUGUCACCACAGUCCCAACCCCAGCUCCCACCACCGUCACUGCGGCCCCGACCCCAGCGCCAACCAACGCCACUGCACCCCUGACAACAGCAGCAGCCAACGCCACCACAGCCCCGCCCCCGGAGCCGACCACCGAAGCGACAAACGCCACCACGGCCCCGCCCCCAGAGCCGACCACCGAAGCGACAAACGCCACCACGGCCCCGCCUCCAGAGCCGACCACCGAAGUAACCAAUGGCACCACGGUCCCGCCCCCAGAGCCGACCACCGAGGUGGCCAACGCCACCACAGCCCCGAGCCCAGCGACCUCGGCAGCGCCCACAGCAGCGCCCACACCCGCGCCGACUCCCCUCCCUCAGCCCAGUGUCGGCAGCUAUAGUGUGCGGAGCAAGGAGAACAGCACCGCCUGUCUGAUGGCCACCAUGGGCCUGCAGAUCAGCUACAAGGAAGGCGCAGUUCUUAAGAGUAUAAACCUGGACCCUAACAACACUGUUGCUGCCGGAAGUUGUGGGGUUAAUGGGAGUGAUGCCUCUCUUCUGCUGACGUUUGACAAAGGAUCCGUUGCAUUUGUUUUCAGUGAGGAGGGAAGGAAGUUCCGCCUGCACGUGGUAAAUGCGACCAUAAUCCCCAGCGCUAAUGGGACGGCCUUCAGCGCCUCCAACACCAACCUGUCCCUGUGGGAGGCCUCAGUGGGCACUUCCUACAUGUGCCGGAAGGACCAGACCUACAACAUCACCGACGCCCUCGCCCUCCAUACCCUGGGUCUGCAGGUGCAGCCCUUCGGAGUGCAGAACAACAGCUUCUCCACAGCUCAUGAAUGUUCAAUGGAUGACACCAGCAUCUUAAUCCCAAUCGUAGUUGGUGCCGCUCUGGCUGGCUUGAUUCUCAUUGUAAUGAUUGCAUAUGUGAUCGGUAGAAGAAAGACCUACGUUGGAUAUCAGACCCUUUAAAGUGACCCUGGAUGAUUAUGCAAUGAGUCAAUCCUGUUAUUUGUCGUUUUUUUUUUCUUCUGUUUUUUUUUUUUUCACCUUUUAGGAGCAAGUGCAGGUUCUUUAUCCUCCCUCUGUCUGUAGUUGCAUGCCUGGGCAUGCGGCUCGUGUAGUAACAAGCCUGGUAUUCAGUAUUACGUAAAGAAAGUGAUUGAAUCACAUGAUGUGCUCCAUCUGGACCAAGUGUCACUGACAGCGCAGGUCUGCACUGGUCUCCUUCUUAGGAAGUACCUAAUACUUUACUUAUGCUAGCGAGGGGGGCCAGGUUCUGAAUCUGAAUGAAUAGAGGAAGGAAAAAGCCCUGGUGGCUCUCACUCAUGGGGGUUAAAAAUUCUUUGACUCGGUUCUUUUGGUCCUGUAUAUUGGGCAAUACAACAUGUUGUGGCUCAUCUCUGUACUGGAGGUGAAUGGAACACAGGCCCAUGUGAGUCUAUGGUGGAGAGGGAGGCUCCCCCCGACCACAGAUCUGCGGCGGAGGGCGUUUCUCCCCCCAGGGCAGCGCCAGUCACAUUAUGACCAGACCAGCUCUAGCACCAGGAGUGACCGUUAGUGAGCCCUGAGCCUGCACUUGUUUCCUCCAGUAUGCAAAUUUGUUUUUCACCCUCAUUUCAUUCCCCCCCCCAUCCAUGUAUAUAUGUUACCCAGCCUUUGUCUUUGGUGUUUGACGCCCAUCGUAUGCAGUCAGUAUUUCUGCCUUGGCGAUCGAGGCCACAGGCUGUUCACAUGCACUCUGCAUCAAGAUGACGUGAAUUACCUGGGAGCUCAUGAAAAUAAUUAUCAUUUGGGCCUAACAAUAUCAAAAAAUGAGAUGCAUAAGCAAUAAAUUGGCAGUGCGUUUAAAAUUCCGCUGGAUGUUGUCUUCAGGGAGAAUACUGCACCUUCACUAGUAUUUGAGCACAUACUAGUGAUCAGCCAAUGAUCACAGCAAAGUCUUUACAUCCUAAUGGAGGUAUUCCCACCUUAUGAUUGAGGCAUUAAUACCUGGACUUCAGGGCAAUGUCCAGCCAAGGAGAGGCUGCCUGAACUGAGCUGGUGUCCAGCUAGCAUGCGAGGCGCAGGUGACAAACCCAAAAACAAAGGUGGAGCUCUUUCUCUUUCUUUUGUUCUUUCUUUGUAGACAUACUCAUAAUUUGUUGGCAUUAGGUUUAAAAAAGGGAUAGCUCAGUAGUGUGCAGAAAACUACCUUCAUUUCAGCGACUCUCCCAAGAUUUGUUAGUUUUGUUAAUUUUUUUUUGCAGUGUACUCACUUAAGGACACUACAAGGCGUGUUCUGCUUUCUUAUUAAUUCAGAACUGUUGCUGCUUGGUUCCACUUGUGAAUGUAGUUCUCGCUGCAGUGUUGGUGCUGGGAGCUGCAAUAAAAGUAACACCUUUUUUUGGUAAUUGAGCCAUUACAAGCUUCUGCGCAGUGCCAGCAGAUCAAAAGGUGUUAUGAUCUCAAACGUGGAGGGAAAUUGCUCAAGUGCACAUAUGCAUAUUGUAAUGGUGAGGGGGUUUUGUUGUAACUUCAAUUUGUUUGACUAGAACACUUGAUUGCAAAGUUGGUUGCUGUUAAUCUCUUUAAUUUCAGCCCAUUUGCCUAAUUUGAUUCAUACCUCAAAAUGAUUAAUUGUUUGAAAGAAUGGUCAGUGAUUGAGCAGUUCUGCCCAUUUGUUAAGCAGCAGUUUAUCCAAAGGCGAUUCCACUUUUAUAGCACAAAGGUUGGGUGCACCAGCUUGGCAUAAAUUUUCUGGGGCCUAGUCAUGAGCUUCAAGCCCAGUGCACACUACACUUCAUUAAACCAAGAAUGCCGUACACAUAGCUGGUGCAUCUGGAUCCUGCUCCCCCGAGUCCUAUAAGUUGUCGCUGAUGUAAUUGAUGAAACAUUCAUUUGAAUAUCCCCCCCCACCACCACACACACACCCCUUUGUCACUUACCGUAAUGAAAAGUAUUGAAUUCAGUUUCAUUCCAUCAGUUGCUCCCCAGUCAUAAGCGUUUUGUCUAGGCCUUUUCAUCCAAAACCACAGAUAUAAGCAAAACAUCCAUGAAGGCAGUGGGAUGCAGUUUUAUUCUUGUUUUUUUGUUUGUUUUUUGUUGUUUUGUUCUGUUUGUCGUUUAUUUUCCACUGAUCAUUUCAGUGAUGUGUAAUAGUCUUUGCUUUUGGAAAUGGAAGCGUCUGAUUAUCAUGAGAAAUGUGUGCCUUUGCGAUGAGAAACUGCAUUUUGUCAACUUUACAGUAAGCAUGAGAUUUCCGUUAUAUUAUGAUAGCAGUUUGGUUCUUUAGCGUUUGCCUUCGCCUCGAAAGGUUUUGCAGAAUUGCUCCUUUAGAAUAGCAUUUCAAAGAAUGUGUUUUUUGUGAAAAGGGAGUCCAAAUUGUAGCAUGUUGUUCACAUAAAAAAUGGCAGAUGCUUGCUUUUUGCUUCAGUGUAAUCUGUCAGUUAGAUUUUUACAGCCCACAUCUUAAUGCACAAAAGCAACAAUGCGAGAUUCCAUUUUAAUUGAUUUUCUAAUCUUUUAAAAUAGAAGAGAACUGA